GCUUUCGCAGGACCCGGACCACUAUGGAUGCGGGCGAGCCGGGGCCCUCGGGCGGCUACGACUUCAGGUUUCUGCCUCAGAAAAGCUUCCCGUCCCUCACCUCCCCGGAGAUCGUCAGCCGGCUCCGCCAGUGGUCCAUGCUGGGGAGAAUCGCGGCGCAGGCGUUCGGAUUCGACCAGACCUUUCAGGCCCAUCGCAGGGAUGAGUUCUUGAUGGAUUUUUUCAAAGACCCUAAUGUUAUUCCCAAUUUGAAAUUUCUUUCCGAUUCUUCUGGACAAUGGAUUACAUUAGGAACUGAAGUGAAAAACAUUGAAGCUAUAAAUGUUCCCUGUACACAGCUUUCAAUGUCAUUUUUUAAUCGACUAUACGAUGAAGAUAUUGUGCGGCACAGUGGACAUAUUGUUAAGUGUUUAGAUUCUUUCUGUGAUCCCUUUCUCAUUGCUGAUGAGUUAAGAAAGGUUUUACUAAUGGAAGACUCAGAAAAAUAUGAGGUGUUCAGUCAGCUAGAUAGAGAAGAGUUCCUGUUUUGUCUUUUCAAACAUUUUUGCCUUGGCGGAACCCUUUGUCAGUAUGAAGAUGUGCUUGAUCCAUAUCUGGAGACAACAAAACUUAUCUAUAAGGAUCUGGUGAGUGUUCGGAAGAAUCCUCAAACCAAGAAAAUACAAAUUACAUCUUCUGUCUUUAAAGUUACAGCAUAUGAUUCUGCUGGUAUGUGCUAUCCUUCAACAAAGAAUCAUGAACAGACAUUCUCUUACUUUAUUGUGGACCCCAUCAAGCGUCAUGUUCAUGUUUUAUAUCACAGUUAUGGUGUAGGAGAAAUGUCUUAAUAAUACAAUUUUCAAUUAGCUCUUUCUACUGUUCUGUUUCCAAAUUCAUCCACUUUUUAUUUUAAGUCUGGAUAAACAUUUAUUUUGCAACUUAACUCAAGUAAAAUAUAAAGAGCCUGCUCAGAGCAACACCAAGAUACCUUUCUUUAAAGUUGCCUGAAAUACUAACACAGAGAAACCAACUUCUGUCUCCAUAAAAAUCUGUACUUAUACAAGUUGUAGCAUUUUACAGUUAUCACGGAUUAAGGAUCUAGUUCAUGUGUAUUGCACUAAUAAGCAAGUUCUUGUGCAUUUUAUUUCAGAAGCUAAUUAACUUUGUAGCAGAAAACUAAACCUCUCUUCCACUGAUUAUUAAUGUGCAUCGCUAACUCCAUAAGCAUGGGUUUAAUUUCAUUGCAUUGUGUAAAUGUUUAUAGUUCUAAAGCUUUGAAAAGUCUAGUAAUCCUUGGAUACAUUGUAUCACUAAAAAGCCUCAAUUUUUAAAAAAAAGUUCUGAAAGCAAUUGUAAAUGUUUUGAAAUCAUAUGAUAAAUUAAAAUUAGUUCUGUAGGUAAUAGAAGAGCUGUAAAUAAACAGAGCUGCCUUGCUGGUAUUACUAAGUUGGCAGAAACGUGA